CUUUCUUCCCUUUUCCGUUUUUUCUUAUAUAGGAUCCGAACCCACCCACCCCCGGCGUUCUCCUCUUCCCCCUCCAUUAUUUUCACCAUCAUCACGCCAGCAACCGGUCAGUGAAAUCAUACUGAUACCAUCCGUUCCCCACUACCCGUCGAGCAAGACCAGCUAUCUGAUCUAAUCUUUCAACUAUCACAAUGGGUGUCCUUGAUAAGCUUUCCCGCAAGGCCGGUGUCAUCGUCGGUGAUGACGUCCUGCGUCUCUUCGAGCACGCUCAGGAGAACAACUAUGCUAUCCCCGCCAUUAACGUGACCUCCUCUUCCACUGUCGUUGCUUCCCUCGAGGCUGCUCGCGACAAGAAAUGCCCCAUCAUCCUCCAGCUCUCUCAAGGUGGCGCUGCCUACUUCGCUGGCAAGGGUGUCAGCAACGACGGCCAGAAUGCCUCCAUUGCCGGUGGUAUCGCUGCCGCCCACUACAUCCGUAGCAUUGCCCCCGCCUACGGCAUCCCCGUUGUCCUUCACACCGACCACUGUGCCAAGAAGCUCCUCCCUUGGCUCGAUGGCCUCCUCGACGAGGAUGAGCGCUACUUCAAGCUUCACGGCGAGCCCCUCUACUCCAGCCACAUGAUUGAUCUUUCUGAAGAGUCCGUCGAGUACAACAUCGAAACCACCGCUGCCUACCUUAAGCGCGCCGCCCCCAUGAAGCAGUGGCUCGAGAUGGAAAUCGGUAUCACUGGUGGUGAGGAGGAUGGUGUUAACAACGAGGACGUUGACAACAACUCCCUGUACACCCAGCCCGAGGAUAUCCUGGCUAUCCACAACGCUCUCGCCCCCAUCAGCCCUUACUUCUCCAUUGCCGCUGGUUUCGGUAAUGUCCACGGUGUCUACAAGCCCGGCAACGUCAAGCUCCACCCCGAGCUUCUCAGCAAGCACCAGGCUUACGUCAAGGAGAAGAUUGGCUCCAAGAAGGACAAGCCUGUCUACUUCGUCUUCCACGGUGGCUCUGGUUCCACCAAGGCCGAGUACAAGGAGGCCAUCAGCUACGGUGUCGUCAAGGUCAACGUCGACACCGACAUGCAGUUCGCCUACAUGUCCGGUAUCCGUGACUACAUCCUGAACAAGAAGGACUACCUCAUGACCGCUGUCGGUAACCCCGAGGGUGAGGACAAGCCCAACAAGAAGUCCUUCGACCCCCGCGUGUGGGUGCGUGAGGGUGAGAAGACUAUGAGCAAGCGUGUCCAGGUCGCCCUGGAGGACUUCAACACUGCUGGUCAGCUGUAA